AUGGACCGGCCGCCCACCGAGACGGCGCCGCCCGUGACGGAGCCGCCGGUGGCGGCGCCGCGGCGGAGCGAGUGGUUGGAGUGCCUCAUCCAACACGAGCUGCGCGCCGGGCCGGAGAAGAAGCACGCGGAGGUUUGGGUCCUGCGGCGGCCGCACAUCAACUUCUUCCGGCGUUUGUUGACCCUGCGGGGCCCUGGAGAGCUGGAGGGCAGUUUGGAGGGUCAGAAGCCAGCUAUGCCAAUGAUCUUUGCUCGCUUCUUGAGCCCGACUGAGCUGCCAGGGCACUUCAAGAGAUUGAAGAAACAAAGCCGCCUGUUCGAGAUGCGCAUGAAGCUGAAGCAGCUCCUAGAUGCAUGGAGGGUGCCUUGCCUGAAACCCUCGGAAGAUGGGACGCUGGUGCUGUUGGAGGCGGAUCUGCAGCGGUGGCCCAAAUUCUUCAGCAGCUUGCUGUUUGCAGAGGAACUCCAGAUGAGCUUCGACAUUGCUGUCUAUGACAUGUAUGUUAAGGAGCCUUUGCCGCGAACCUUUGCCGUAGGUGUUGCCCAACUGUUCACCUUAGAGGUUCCGGGAGUGGCGGAGAAGCGUCCCUCGGUUCUGCGGGGAGAUGCGGUGCUGGUCAUCAGUGGAAGAGGGCGCUUCAAGGCGUACGUGCAUCGCGUGCAGCAGGACAGGGUGGACCUGUCGUUCCACAAGUCCUUUGACAACACGCCACCCUUUCAGGUCAAAUUCUUUUUCACCCGAACGCCUCUGAAGCUGAUGCAUCGUGCCUUGGAAGACACCAAGAAUCGAAUGAACGACAUUUACAGUCGCGACACCGAUGGGCAGCGGGUCAUGCAGAUCUCCUUGUCCGUGUCAGAGCAGAAGUUGAGCAAGCACCUUGCAGAUUCAAGUUCAGAUGCUCGGGAUGAUCGGCUGCGAAAGCAUGGAGAGCACACACUCUAUCACCAGACAGAUGCUGAAUCAGCUCAGAGGAUUCUGGACACGGGGCGAAUGUUCAGAGGCUUUGCUGGCGCUUUAGGUGGUGGCAUCUAUUUUGCUGCAACACCCGAUGACACCAAGAGGAAAGCACGGCGUCAGGGUGCUAUCUUGGAGUGUUCCGUCAGGCUUGGUCGAAUCAAGGAGGUAACUGCUUGUGACACUACAUUAACUUUUACCAAGCUGCAGCGUGAGCGCUUUGAUUCUGUGCUGUAUCAGGGCUUCUCUUCUGGUCCAGAAUACGUUGUGUACAACUUCGACCAGGUGAGGCCCUUGGGCAUACAUGGAAAGCCUCGCAAGCUUGCUCCCAAGCCCAUUUUGCUUUGGGGUCCUCCCGGCACUGGCAAGACCACCACGCUCCAAGCCUGCGCAUUGAGGACUUUCUGCUUUGUCAUGCCUUUGGUCAUUUUUAUGUUAGUUGCAGCCAUCCACCGGGUCCUACAGAUCCCAGGGGCCAAGGUGCUUGCUGCUGCCCCCUCGAAUGCUGCAGCGGACCUGAUCUGCGAAAAACUCAGCGGGAAGGGCUGUCGCAACAUGCUCCGCCUGAAUGGCAUGCUUCGCAGUGAGGGGGAGGUGCCAAGUUCGGUGAAGCCCUUCACGAAAAAGGGCCAGAGUGGUUUUGACACCUUCAGCAUUCCUAGCUUGGAGGAGCUGCAGUCGUUCGACCUGAUUGUUUCCACCUGCACAUCAGCCGGCUAUUUGGCCAGCCAAUGCACCUUGCCCGGUUGGUUUACGCACGUCUUUGUAGAUGAAGCUGCGCAAGCCUUGGAGCCGGAAGUCCUAAUUCCAAUCAGCACGGCGGAGCCGGGGGCUCUCAUCGUUCUGGCGGGUGACUUCAAACAGUUGGGUCCCGUCAUUCGAUCGCCAGAGGCUGCUGCGCUGGGCUUGGACACGUCGCUGCUGGAACGCAUGGUUCGCCACAUCGGCAUCGACCAUCCCAGAGUGCACACGCUGUUGCGGUCCUACCGAGCGCAUCCGAGCAUCCUGGAGAUCUACAACCGUAUCACGUAUGGUGGGAUGCUGAAGUGUGCAUGCCCUCGCAGCAGCUUUGACAUGAGUCGGAGUAGUUUAUGCUCUGUGGACCGUUAUGGCAAGCGGCACCCAGUGGUUUUCCAUCAUAUUUGUGGAUCUGAAGCACGGGAAGCAACCUCGCCAUCAUGGUCAAACCCAGACGAAGUUGAAGUGCUGCGGUUGUACGUGCAGGAUUUGCGCGAGAUUGGUGUCAGUGCGAAGGAUGUGGGAAUCAUCACACCAUACCAGCUGCAGUGCAAACGAUUGCGACUAAUGUGCAGAACAGAACAGUUUCCAGCUCAGGUGGGAACCACGGAGCAGUUUCAGGGUUGUGAGAAGCGUAUCAUUUUGCUCUCGACGGUGCGUUCUCGCCAAGAGAACGAAGUGCCACAGGACUUGAAGUUUGCCUUGGGGUUUGUUGGUCAUGAGAAGCGCUCCAACGUUGCUCUCAGUCGUGCACGGUCUAUGCUGGUGCUUGUGGGAAACUUGCGGUUGCUUUCAGCAGAUUCUCAUUGGCACCAACUCAUACGGCUGGCCUCGCAUAAGGGUUACUGCACAGGUGAGCCAUUCGAACUGCAGACGCCUUGGACCAUCGAUGGUGCACGGUUCCAAGUAGGUGAGUCAGGCGCUGAACAGGAGCUGGCGCACAGCUCCUCGUCGCAGCUCAAGUGCCGAGAGCGUUCCAUCGAUGCGGAGAUGAACUGCGUGGAUUGCGUGCGCCUGUUGCACGGCGGCUUCUAUGGCCACAUGGGCGUGGCGGUGCCGGCGCAUCCCAAGCAGGAGAAGGUCAUGGGGUGCCUCCAGCUCUCCAAGGUGCUGAACGUGGAAGCCAACCCCGCGGACGAUCAGACCAACGGCGCCUGGGAUUCGGCGCCCACGAGCCAGCGGACGGGCGGAGCCCCUGACGACCGGGUCGACCCUUCCGUGAGCUCGGCGGGCUACGACCACCACGCGAUCUUCGUGGCGUGGGACGUGGAGCCCGAGGCCUACCUCAUCCACCACCCCAUUGGGCGCCGUGCCAACCCGCUCCGAGGGAAGAUCCGCCACGAGGUGCGGAACGUCUUCGAGUACACCUUGGUGCGACGACCGGCGGAUCCCGAGGCCGUGCUGCAACGGGCACUGUCCCGGGUGGGUGAGGAUGGCUACAACUUGGUCUGGAACAACUGCGAGCACUUCGCCGAGUGGUGCGUCACCGGGCGACACCGGUCGCACCAGGUGCUGGGCGCUCUGCUGGGCCCGGUGCCGGGCGCCGUGGUGGGGGGCGCCAUCGGCCUGACGCUGGUGCCGGCGGUGACCGUGUGGGGUUCGCCGACGCUGGGGAAGUGGGCAGUGGCGCUGGGGCUCAUGUCCGCGCCGGUGAAGUGGCACUUCGUCGUCUCCGGCAUCGCGGUGGCCGCUCCCAUUGGACUGGUCCUGGGGCUCAUGAGCUCGCGCCUGCUCGCCCGCCUGCGGGCGAACCUGCGCACGGCCCCAGACCCCGCGGCCGCGGCGUAG